AUGCCCACCAUACUUGAAGGUGGUCCAGAAUACAAUAAACUUAUAUUUAAUUACGAUCGUAGUUGGACUGAUGAUUUACCAGUUUGUAAAGUAUCAGGUGUUGGAUACUUAACUCGUCAAAGAUAUGAUGAAUUAGGUCAACGCCGAGAGGAACUGGAAUCCGAAGACAUCAGUCUUCGAUGUUGUUAUGAUGAUGCAGGUGUUGUAUGGUUGUAUGGACUAUUUAAUGGGCACAAUGGGGCAGAAACGGCUCGGUUUGCUCGUGAUCGUAUUGCUGCAGAAAUUUUAUUGGGCCAGUUACCUGCUACUGAAAUGGAUCAAACUGCAAAAGAAAUAAUUCAACAAAGUUUUCUUUCUGUUGAGGGAACUUAUCUUGAAACCAUUGAUAAUAAAUUACUUCAAAGAGCAAGUUUACUACUUCAACUUCCUGAAGGGAUAUCACAUUAUGAUGCUUACCAACAAUAUCCUCAAAUUAUAGAAAAAUUAAAGGAACUUGAAGAAGAAUUAUCGUGCGGUACUGGGGCAUCUAUAGCAAUACUUAAAAAUAAUCGUCUGUAUGUUGCAAAUGUCGGAGAAAGUCGUGUAUUGUUGUGUAAAACUGAUAAAGACGAUGUAUUGAGAGUGAUACAGCCUACAGUUGAUCAUAACUUGACAAACUUAGAUGAAGUGACGAGACUGACAAAUCUUGGACUUAAAAUUGCUGAUGGAAAGAUCAAUGGUAAUAGAACAAUUGGAAAUCAAUCAUCAACAAGAUGUUUAUGUAAUUACAUGAUAAAAGGUGCCUAUAAAGACUACGAAGAACUUAGUGCAGCUUCAGCUGAACCAAUUAUAGCUGAACCUCAUAUUGUUGGAGGUAUUUCUAUUGAUUCAUCAUACAGAUUUAUGAUGAUUGCUUCUCCGGGUUUACUGAAAACUUUAGAAGAAGCCACCGGCACUAAUCAAGUGAACAAAGAGUUAGCACUAUUAGUAGUUGAACAAUUACGAGUGCAGUCUACAUUAACUGGUGUCGCUCAAGCUGUUGUAGAUCAUAUAGCUAGAAUAUAUCAUGAUACUUAUGAAGCACAAGAUAAUGCUACUGGAGCUACUCGUCCAAAUAUUAUGUUAAUGAUACGUAAUUUCAAUUUUGCAAUGCCUAAUGCAAUCACCGAACAACAACACAGCUGGAAUGGCUCAUAUGAUCAAGAUACUGCUGUAAACUUGACUGAAACUACAACAUCAACUUCAUCUGAUCCAUCUAGCGGUUCAAUCAAAGCUAUACUGCCAUAUGUUGAUUUCAGUGAAUAUAAUACAAAUGUUGAUAAAGCUAAAGCACAAGGCAAGCUUCCUUCGAAUAUCAACUUUUUCUAUGAAUAGAUCAAAAUAUCAUUUGGAUUCACUUUUUAGUUCAGUAACUAAAUAGUGACUUGGUUAAUGUUAUUAUAUAGAUUAAUUUUAUUUUUGUAUGCUGUUCUGUUCCUAACAUAAAAAAAAUAUAUUUAGGUUGAUGGGUACUGGUUUAGUUGACACCCACCGAGAAAGUGUUCUCCCACCACUCAGGUUUAGUUGAUGUCCACCACCUAUAUCACUCGUAUUUUUGAUGUUCUACUAAUUUUUAUUUCUAUUGUCACAUUAAGUUAACUGUAAUGUGUAUAUCAAUAUUGUUGGUAAGCAUUGUAAUUUGGCAUCCCUUCAAAAAAUGAAGUAGUAAACUUGCUCUUUGGGGUAGUUUAUUAUCAAUGGUUUCAAGAUAAGUUCCCUCAGCAGAAAGGAAACUGUCUAUAAUUUUAUAAUUUUUUAUUAGAAAGUAUUUAAAUUUUUUGUCAAUUAUAAAAAUGUUUUUUUGAAAUAAAAACUAUUUUCCACAAAUGUUUAAGAUACUAUGUAGUAAUAUAUUCUAAAUGAUAAAACUCUUAAACCUAAACGUGUAUGUAUUUAUAGUUAAUAGUUCUAUAAAAUAUGAAUCACAAAUAAAUAUAUUAUAUUUAUUAA